AUGGGAUUCUCAUCCCGGUAUCUCCGCAUUCCGCGGCCAGAGUCCUUUCUCUAUGUGAUGAGCCUGGAGACUGGCGCAUCCUUGAUUACCCUGUCGCUACUUCUCAACAAGAUCAGUGGCCUGUAUGGCCUGCUCGCCCUGUUGACGGGCUACCACCUGUCCCCCGUUCAGUUGUCCAUGUACCUUUACUCCCUCAUCGCCCUCGCCCUCGCCGCUCUGCUCUUCCCACACAUCCGCAAACAAUCACCUCUCGAGUGUCUCGCCCUCGCCUGGCUAUAUCUGCUCGACAGUCUCAUCAAUGCCGCCUACACGGCCGCCUUUGGUGUGACCUGGUUCCUCGUCGUAUCUCAACAUUACGACAGUGGCAAGGCUUCCGGCCCAGGCAGUGAAACGAUCGCACAGACCGCCGGCUUCACCAGCCCCAAGUACGAUGCCGCCUAUGUUGAAAUUCAGAACACCAAGGAGGGUAACAACUUUAUCGCCCAUCCUCCUCGCAGCGCCGACCACAUCGGCAAUGCCGUCUACCAGCCCGAGAGCUUCCAAAGCAUAAUCUUCAUCUGUCUUCUGUGGGUGAUGCGCAUCUACUUUGUCCUGGUGAUGCUCGCUUUCGCUCGUGAGACCCUUCGCCUCUGGGUCGUCAUUCCUCGCCACACCCAACUCCCCACCCACAGCCGCAAUGUCUCGGUCGCAAGCGUUGCCGACAUCGACCGGGAGCCUUUCUCGGCAACCAGCCCCGAGGGCCAGGGUUGGAAAGGCAAGGUUGGCCGUAUCAUGGUCGGCAUCGGUCGCAGCUACUGGCUUGGUGAGGAGGAGGAGGGCAACUGGCUGGGCAAUUUGGGUCAAAAAUUCCGAAACCGCAGCACCAACAACACCGAGCUUCCCGGUCCUCUGGAGCGUGAACGUAGACGUCGCUCGGGCACUGGUCCUCCUCAACCAUCGCAAUCGGUCGUCCGAGGCGCUACACUGCAACAAACCAUCCACGAGCAUGUUCCGGGCAUGAAUGUCAAGAUGCAAGAUUGGACGGAGCCUCGUUAA